CACAGGCAUACCCACACCCCCAUACCCAAAAUCUCAUCAACCUCCCUAUCAGUCCCUGUCGAGCGAAGACCUCAUCUUAAUAUAAAGCUCGAGUCCUCCAGAUCUCCAGAGUCUUUUUUCUUUCUUUCUUCUUCUUCACCCACACACAUUCAUUCGCUACUACACCUUGACUUUUAGUCAAUUUCACUCGUUACAGCACAUCUACCAACUAUACAACUUCCGAGUUACCUUAAUUUAAUCCCAACCCCAAACCAACCGACAAAAUGAAGUUCGCUACUGCUCUCGCUUUCGCUGCUGGCGUCGCUGCCCACGCCAAGAACGUCACCUACACCACCGAGGUCGUCACUGCCUACACCACCUACUGCCCCGGUCCCACUGAGAUCGUCCACGGCGACAAGACCUACACUGUCACCGAGGCCACCACCCUCACCAUCACUGACUGCCCUUGCACUGUCACCAAGCCCGUCAUCACCACCUCCGCUGUCGUCUGCCACGACUGCCCUGCUCCUCCCGCCCACCACGGCAACAACUCCACCAUGGUCCCCGUUUACCCUACCGGUAAGCCCGGCAAGCCUGGUUCUCCUGCUGGUCCCGGUGCUACCCCCACCGCUGGUGCUCCUUCCGAGGUCCCCACCGCCGGUGCCGGCAAGGUCGCCGCUCUCUCCGGUGCCGGUCUUGCUGCCGUCGUCGGUCUUGCUGCUUUCCUGUAAAUCAACAGCUAGCAAGCCUACUCCACGUCGUGCCUACGAUGCUUUACGCUCAGUAAUACUUGAUUCGCGUGGGGGCAUCGAUCAUUCCUCAUGGAGUGGUGUGGAACAGUUAGCAAUGGUUUGGUUUCAGUUGGGGAUGCAAGCGAUCUUUCAGGGAAUGUAUAGAACUUUUUAUUUUGGGUUACGAACAUAUGUCACGGGAGAACCGGUAUACCCUUGCAACGCUCUAUGGAGUCUUGUCUAAUGAUGGCCACGCUUUGCAGGAGUUGAGACAUUCUUGUAUAUGAGUUUUGUCUCGGUGUUCGGAAGGAGCUUGCAUAUUCCCUGUGUGUGAGAUCUUUCGGGGCUGGGAAUAUAAUGUGUUUUUUUUUUUUGGCCUUGAGCAAAACAGGACGAUCUUGUCUAGCUUCACUCGCGGUUCGUCUUUGUUCCUGCUCCCAUCAAUAACUUCAAGAGACGCUUUUCCAACCUCGACUCCCGUUUCCUCUUCUUGAUACAUAUUUUUGGGUUGCCAAACGUCUUUUAAUAUUUGCGGUCAAGUUACUGGCGCAUAUAUAUAUAUACACAAACCGGGUGUGUUUAUGGUCUCUUGUCAACUAGAUUCAAUGUUAUUGCGAGCCUCUGGGAAACCAUGUAUCAUAGUCAAGGCAAAAGCAAGCAUUGCUGAGAGGCCAGUUUUGGCCCGGCAUUAUUAACUCUGUUGUCGUGUUUACGAUGUGAAUAUGUCUUGGGUGUUUGUUUCAGCUGUUAUAUGCUGAGACAAAGCCAACGUUGGUUCACUUAAUAACUGAUAACUUGAGCCACACUUUGUUACUGCCAGUAAUAAAGGAGCUGCUGAAAAACUACUACUUUCCCGUGUCUUCAAUCUAACCCAACGUUGAGCUGCUUUGAGUCGUGGGGUUUGUUAUCCAAGCA